CAAAGUUUAACUUUUAUUGGUAUGUGUGUGCAAAUGUGUGUGCUGAUCAAAAAAGAAUAGUGAAAAUGGCGAAUCAAUCCGGUGUAGUGGUUCCAAGAAAUUUCCGUCUACUUGAAGAGUUGGACCAAGGUCAAAAAGGUGUUGGCGACGGCACUAUUUCAUGGGGCCUUGAAAAUGACGAUGAUAUGACUCUUACGUACUGGAUUGGAAUGAUUAUUGGCCCUCCUCGUACACCGUAUGAAAAUCGAAUGUACUCAUUAAAGAUUGAUUGUGGCGAACGUUAUCCCGAUGAACCUCCUACGAUAAAAUUUUUAACUAAAAUCAAUAUAAAUUGCAUUACCCAAAAUGGAGUGGUUGAUCCGAGACUAGUGCCCAUGCUUUCACGAUGGAAUCGUGAAUAUACUAUUAAGUCGUUAUUGCAAGAAAUACGUCGAAUUAUGACUUGCAAAGAAAACCUCAAAUUGGCGCAACCACCAGAAGGCAGCUGUUUUUAGUUGCAACAACAGCAGCAGCAUUUACAACAACUAUGACGUCAAUAAACAACAAAAC